GAAUAUGCAUGCAGCAAAGUCAUUAGCGCUACAACAGAAAACCAUUAAGGAGGAACCGCUUGUUGUGGGCGGAGUCCCUUGUUUGUAGAGCUCAUCAUUUCUCUAGGACUCGACAGCAGAGCUAGUUAAAAUGGAGUGCCACAAGCAGGAACACUCAGUGCAUCAUGGCAAGUCAGAGCGAAAACAAUAACGAAGAGGACCAAGAGCAGGAGCAAGAGCAGGAACAGGAGCAGGAACAGGAGCAGGAGAAGGCUGAAGCAAUGGAUUUCUGGAAGGAAGUGUGCAAGGAAUCGGCCAUACAUGGCGUGCCAUAUCUCGCCCGCAAGGAUCUCCACUUUCUCGAGCGCAUCUUUUGGCUGGCCAUGAUCAUAGGAUCCAGCUACUACGCAGUCGACAGUUGCCUGUCGCAAUGGCUGCGCUAUCAGAAUAAUCCCAUUAUCUACGAAUACGAAUAUCUAUUUGCGCUGCGCUCGUUUCCCAUUCUAGGGAUCACCCUCUGCACGCAGUACACCCAACUGCCUCCCUACUUAACGUAUAAGCUGAUUAACGAGUGAGUAAGAUCUGCGCGUCAAG